AUGGGCACGGGUGACGCUGUGUUUUAAUAAACUUAAGCGGCUAGAGAGCGGGUUUUUAAAAUUACAGAAUAGUUAGGGUUGGAAGGGAGCUCUGGAGAUCAUCCGGUCCAACCCCUCUGCCAAGGCAGCGUCACCCAGAGCUGGUGACAGCGACGCGUCCCGGUGGAUUUGGAACGUUUCGAGAGGGAGACUCCACGACUUCCCGGGGGAGCCUGCAGCAAUUCACCUGGCUCUUGGCAAGACAUCUGAUACUGCACCAGCAAAAUACUCUGCCCUGCAACAAUACCUACAUAAAAGCUGGCUGCAAUAAAUUAAGCUUUUUUAAAAACUGUUAUUCCUGAAAAUGGAUUUUCAGUUUAAUUUUGCUGUUGAUGAAAACGAGAACAGUGAGGCAGAUGCUCAGUUCUUACUGCUGUGCUCUCCAAAGAACAAGCAGGAAUCCAGAGGAAAGAGCAGGGAAAUUGCUGAUCCUGCGUCAGACUCCAGCCUGAAGCUGGCUGCUGCUAAGCACGGGGAUGAGGCAGCUUCAAAGAAAAAACUCUGUGUGAAAGCUGCCAAGGAGCACAGCAUUCCUGAAGAUCUCAACAAAGUAUUGGAAAAUAAAGUCAUGGAAACAGUAUUGGAUUUUUCUUACGUAAAGCUGUCUGAAGUGGAAAUGACGUGUUCAGGUGAUGCUGACAGAGAAGGCAUCGUUUCCAAAAGUGUUUCUUCUCACUCUGAUCUCAUCCCAGGAGUCUAUGAAGGAGGGCUGAAAAUCUGGGAAUGCACCUUUGAUCUCGUGGAUUACUUUUCUGAGGCCGAAAUAAAAUUUACCAACAAGACUGUAUUGGAUCUUGGCUGUGGGGCUGGAUUGCUGGGAAUUGUUGCUUUACAGGGUGAGGCUGCCCAAGUCCAUUUUCAGGACUACAACAGCACAGUGAUUGAUGAAAUAACCUUGCCCAAUGUGGUGGCCAACUGCAUCAGUGAAGGCAGGAGGAUGAUGGGCAGUGGGAAGGAUGGAAAAGCCAGCAAGCCUCCUUCAAAGAGGCCCAGGAAGGCAGAGGGCUCACCUGAUGUGCUCAACAGAUGCAGAUUUUUUUCUGGAGAGUGGUCUCAAGUCAGCCAGCUCCUGUUAAACAGCAACAAACCCUGCUCAAAGUACGAUAUAAUUCUCACCUCUGAGACCAUCUAUAAUCCUGACUACUACAGUGCUCUGCAUGAUACACUGGCUCAGCUCUUGGACAGAAAUGGCCAUGUGUAUUUGGCAAGCAAAGUGCAUUAUUUUGGAGUUGGUGGUGGGAUCUAUCUCUUUGAGAAAUUCAUUGAAGAGAAAAACGUGUUUAGGACCACUAUGGUUAAAACAAUUGAUCAGGGUCUGCAGCGAUGCAUUAUGGAAAUUGCCUUUAAAAAUUGCUGUUAAAAUUAAACUCCUGAUCUUCCAAAAAUAA